ACGUCACACGGCGUGCAGUUCCGCCUGAAGUGCAGUGAAGGUGCGCUGCGGGUCUGAGCACCAUCACACCUUCAUCUUCAUCAUCUUCUUCAUCAUGAUGACACGCGUGCGGUCCGCGGUCUCCAGCAUCAUCGGCGGCAUCAUGGCCUCCGGUACAGGCGCGCACGACACCCACCCGGACCUGCCGCUCCGCUUCCCGUACAGCAGGCCGGAUUUCCUCGCGCUGUCGCCGGAUGAGGUGGAGUGCUCGGCGGACCACAUCUCCAGACCCAUCCUCAUCCUCAAGGAGAUGAAGCUUCCCUGGGCCACCGGUUACGCAGAGGUGAUCAACGCUGGUAAAAGUGCUCUGAAUGAGGAUCAGGCCUGCUGUGAGGUCGUGGAGCUCAGGAAAAGACCUGCAGAUCCGUCCAGCGUCAGCUACACUCCAAGCCGGAGACGCUCCUCACUGCCAAGCGGAGAUGUGUUGGACACCAUCCACAACCCUGAGGUGAAGGAGCUGGAUUUCCACUACUGGGCUCUGUUCGAUGGUCACGGCGGUUCCGGAGCUGCAGUUUUCGCUGCCAAAUUUCUGCACCUGCACAUGGAGGAGCAGCUGCAGGAGGUGCUGGAGAUCCUGCAGGACCCUGGUCUGCAGCCGCCCACGUGUCUGGGUGAGGAGAGCCCCGUCCCGCAGCUGCACGCAUCUGCCAGCGGCUCCCAACGGGGCCUGUCCAGAGCCGCGUCGCUCCGGGGGGCUGCCGGGGCUCCGGGCUCCCCAAACACCAUGGCCCCGCGCUUCUUCAUGGAGAAGAAGAUCAAGCAGGAGAGUCUGGUGGUGGGAGCCAUAGAGAACGCAUUUAAAGAGAUGGACGCUCAUAUCGCUCGAGAGAGGUGUGUGUACUCUAUCUCUGGAGGAUGCACUGCUCUCGCCGUCAUGUUUUUACUGGGGAAACUGUAUGUGGCCAACGCUGGUGACAGCAGAGCUCUGAUCGUCCGCGCUGGAGAACUCAUUCCCAUGUCCAGCUCCUUCACUCCCGAAUCCGAGCGGCAGAGGCUUCAGUUUCUGGCUCACCUGCAGCCGUCUCUGCUGGGAAGUGAUUUCACACACUUGGAGUUUCCCAGAAGAGUCACGAAAAAGGAGAUUGGGAAGCGGAUGCUGUAUCGAGACUUCACCAUGAACGGCUGGGCGUACAAGACUGUUCAGGAGGAAGAUCUGAAGUUUCCACUCAUAUACGGAGAAGGGAAAAAGGCUCGUGUUUUAGCCACCAUCGGCAUCACUCGAGGACUCGGAGAUCACGACCUAAAGGUUCACGACUCCGACAUCGCCAUCAAACCGUUCCUGUCCUGCUCGCCUGAGGUGCAGGUCUAUAACCUCUGUGAGUUUGAACACGGCGCUGAUGAUGUCCUGAUUCUGGCCACUGAUGGACUCUGGGACGUCUUGAGCAAUCAGGAAGUGGCAGAGGCUGUUUCUGGUUUCCUUGGAAACUGUGACCCAGAUGACCAGCACAGGUACACUAUGGCAGCGCAAGACCUGGUGAUGAAGGCCAGAGGCAUUUUAAAAGACAGAGGUUGGAGAAUCGCCGGAGAUCGGCUUGGUUCUGGUGACGACAUCUCCGUCUUCAUAAUUCCUCUAAUGUACGGCACUCAACAGCCCCAGCCAAGCUGACCAAUCCGAAGGCAGGGCGCCAACCGAAUCGGACCGAAUCUGUCUCUAACCCAACGCUCAGUCUCUCGAACGGCGUCCUGCUGGAGUUUGAGGAACCUGCUGUGCGUUUGAGCUCAUUUACAAUACAAACACUUGCUUUUAAAAAGUCCACAACUGCUGACUUUGAAAAUCCAUGUGAAUAUUCCCGACCUCCAGUUGGGAUUGGUAUAUAAGUUAUAACUUUGCACAAUGACUCAAGGAGGGUCCGGUUCUUUGAAGUUCUCCGUGGACAGAUGCACACCCUCCACAGUUUGUUUAUCCGCACUCAUCUGGCAGCUAGGCGGAACCAACAGUGUUUUGUUUCUCCUUUCAGGAUAUUAAUUUAUCCUCUGAAUGUUUAGUUUGCGGUUUUCCUUUUUGCAUCCCCUUAAAAAAAAAAAAUCAAAGCAGUUCUGCCUGUUGUUUGUACGUCCCGGUCAACUAAAUGGAAAAACUAGCAUUGUUUUGAUUUUCCUGUGCUCUGUGUAUAUAUAUGCGAUAGGUACAAUUAUGCUGAUUAUGCCAAUUUGAUCAGAUCUUCCAUUCAUUUGGGUAAGAUAUUUAGGACGAUACAUUUUUAUAGAGUAAUAAAUGAUGUGUGCGAUGGAGAAGUGUCAAGUACGGCGAACGUUCCCUUUGAUUUCUGUACGCACCGUCGUGAAUUAACACCUACCUGCAAUCUGUUCUCCAGGGCUCCCGUGUGGAGGUUUGGUGAGGUCUGACUUGCGAUACAUCAUGUUCACAGUGGCACCUUCCUCUUCUACAGCACAAACCCGCUGUGAGCAUUUGGAAAGGCUUUCACAUACACACACAAUGUGCAAACGCACACAUGUACACACUCCCCAAGAGAGUGGCCAUCUGGUCAGCACAACCUGAGUGUGACCAAAACAAGACUAAUUUGGCCAGAGAUUCAGCUCUGUGUGUGUGUGUGUGUGGAUGGAUUGCUCUCUAACACACUUUAGCGCAGUAGUUUGUGUGGGUGGACGGCACUGCAAGGGCAUCACAUGCUUACUAAAGGAGCUUUCUGGGAAGUGCACACACAAUCACUGCGAAAAUGAUUCAUAAACUGCUUAUGUGGCUCCAUUAAUGCUUAGUGAAAUGGCCAACUGAUUUUAAUAGAAGCUCAUUUGAAAUGUUUCUCUAAUAACAGGGAUGUUUAACCAUAUCAGGCACUCCUAAUGUAAAAAGAAUAUCAACAAACUACUUAAAAAUAUUUGUCAAGAAAUA